AUGCACGUUUUUUUUCGCGGUUGUUGGUGUUCCACCCCCCCUUCUUUUUCUCAAACAAUAGAGAAGGGCUGUGCUGGCGACGGUGGUCUCACAACUGGGAGUCGUCGGCAUAGCUCUCUCUCUCCUUUUCUGUGCAUCCCUCUGCCGAUCGCGGCGCGCUCGACAAGCAUGACGCAAGGUGGUAUGCGUGCUUUUCGGCGCCCUAAUUUGCCUCCCGUAGCUUCUUGUGUUUUCUGGCUUCGUGAUGCGGAGAGCAGAGGAGCGUUUUGCAGGUGCGUUUUGCCGAAGUGUUCUUUGCGGGUGUUGGCGUUUUGUCACACACUCGCCCCCCCCCCCUCUUCCUCCUCCUCUCAAACCUUCUCCCUGGCUCGCUUGACGCAAAGGGCCCCUCUCUCCCUCACCGCACACCUUCCCAUGGCUCAGUCCCAUCCGUUGCUUCUCUUCUUCGCUGUUGGAUCAUGCAUCGGCGCUCAGGUGGGGGUGCACUUCACAUACCCGAAGCGCACACACUCACUCACACGCGCGCGCGUGGAAAGAAGAGCGCCAGGUGAGCAGCACCAGCCAUGGAGGAGGGUCAAGUAG